UAUACCUUUCCUAACUCCACUGCGGCUCCCUCAAUGCACAGCUUUGCAGAGCGGAGGAAGAUACUAAGGGCAAGAAUAUAAAUUGUUUAACUCAAAGAAAAAAAGUCGAAGAGUUAAACAAUUUAGCACAUGACUCUCCCUUAUUUAGACAGAUGAUAAGAAUAAAAAAGCAUUUUUGAUUGAGCCUUUUCCUACUUGGGAAAUUUGCCAUUCUCCCAUGGAUUCCUAUGAAUAUAGGAAACUUGUAUUUCUCAUUCACAAAUUUUCCAUUGGCUUCAUUUGGUUAUGCCAUUUUGGGAUUUGCUCUAACCGAAGCUAUUGCAUUGUUUGCCCCGCCUUUCUGAUCUCAUUCGUAUUCCAAUCUUCAGUCUUAUUUCUUACAACUAUCUUUUGAAGCAGAUAGUUCACAGUGCUUAUUCUAUAGAUACUGGAAAAUCCACCUCAUGUUUCCACUCUAUUUUCAUUACGAAGAUGUAUCACGUCAGGAUCCGUUGCUCAAACCGAAUCACGCCAACGUUAUGGAAGUUCCUGGAUUGUGUGAAAUAAGAGUAGUACCAAAGGCACCUUAUGAUUUCAUAAUCAAAAAUGGAAAAUUGGCUAUGGAGAUUCCGUGCGGUCAGAAAUUCAUACAGACACAAAGGGGUUCGACAGGAAAGUCGUUUCGAUCCAAUCCAUUCUUGGGGUCAAACAAAAAAGGAUAUGUCAGUGACCUAGCACGACAAAGCACUCUCCGAGGGCAUGGAAUGUCUAAUUUUUCGGUCAGAAUCUCGACAGUAAUGUCUCUCUUAGAUUCUCCGGUCGAAAUACGGGAAAACUCCAUUCAAUUCUCGAUGGAAACGGAGUUUUGCGAAUUAUCCCCAGAACUGGAAGAUCAUUUCGAGAUCCUCGAACAUAUUCGAGGGUUCAAUGUGACUAUUGUCACUUCGGCCAACACACAAGAUGAGACUUUACCACCGUGGAGCGGCUUUUUUCAAAAAGAUGAGGGGGAAAGUCAGUAAGAUGCCGGAGAAGCGAAAUAUACGAGGAUCACAAACAUAGAUUGCUCGCGGCUAAAUAUGAAUUGAGACGAAAGCUUUAUAAAGCCUUUUGUAAAGAUCCUCCUAGUUAUAUGCGGGACAAACAUCGUUAUAAGUUGUCCAAGUUGCAAAAUGGAGUUCCUUUGCACGAGUAAUAAACCGAUGUAUUUUCACGGGUCGCCCUCAUUCCGUAUAUGAGUUCUUUCGAAUUUCUCGUAUCGUUUUUCGUGGAUUAGCAUCUCGAGGUCUUUUGAUGGGCAUAAAGAAAUCGUCUUGGUAGCAACCACCAAACCAAUAGAACAAGGCUUAGCUCUGCAGCUGGUCCAUAAGCAAGGUAAGUAGGUCCAUUACCGGCCGGCUCCGGACCG